UUUAUAUAGUUUUAUUGCUACAGGAUGUCACGGUCUGUAAUCAAAUGAUGAGCAUGAAAGUGAAGACACUUCUGAAAGUUUUCUUGUAUUCUAUAGUAGGCCCGAUUAUUUUAUACUGCUUAUUUUUUUCCUUCCUGCGUUACCAAGAGGACUUAAUAAAAGCGCAAGCGAAGAAGUUCGAAAUUAAGGAGAAGAGUCUGUCGUACCGGAUAUACGCGAAAGGUAACGAUACCGGAUAUUUGAAACACGUAUUUAUCGUGCUGGAACGUUUGGGUUUUAAACGAACCGAUCACGGUGAUAACUGGGACUUACUAUGGGCGCACGACUAUCCGUUCAGAAGCUUAAGUUCCAAUUUAAGUAAACUGAAUGCUCAUCAACGAGUUAAUCACUUUCCUGGCUGUGGAUACAUUACGAACAAAGUAGACUUAUCAACGACGGAAGGCCGCUACAUGUUACCGGCGUUUAAAAUACCAGAGCAACGUGACGAGUUCCUUCGUUACGCGAAUGGAUAUCCCGAAACGAUGUUCGUACAAAAAUCGAACGAUCAUAGGGGUAUUAGCGUGAAAAAUAUGGAUAUAAAUUCGAUAUCGGAGUGUAUACCGUGAUCACGUCCAUCGAUCCUCUUAGAAUAUACGUGUACAAAGGGG